AUUGAAUACUAGUAUAGGCGACUGAUGAAGGUCUCUCGUCAAGGUCGUUUGUAGAACGAUGCUAUUUCCUAGAGGACUCUCUAGUCCAGUAUUUUUGCGGCUCUUCAGACGUUCCUUAGGAUCAGAAGCAUUGAAACCAUUCUUUUACCAAGACAUACUACAGUUAGAAAAACCUGCUUAUGCUGAUACGCCAUUUAAAAAACUAACAGGCGAUUUCGUCUGCCUCAGUGAUUAUGGUGAUCAUAAAGUCCUCCAUGUGGACUCAAAAGCACUGACUUUGUUGUCUGAGCAAGCUAUGAUAGAUGUUUCCCAUCUACUCAGGCCUGCACAUCUUCAGUCCCUUUCGAAUAUACUUAAAGAUCCUGAAGCAUCUAGUAAUGAUAAGUUUGUUGCUCUCGAACUUUUAAAAAAUGCUAAUGUGGCCUCUGGGAUGGUUUUACCCGGUUGUCAAGAUACAGGCACAGCAAUCUGCAUGGGUAAAAAGGGACAGUUUGUGUGGACUUAUGGCAGUGAUGCAGAAGCGAUUUCACGGGGCAUCUACAACACAUACACUUCCAAGAAUCUCCGGUACUCCCAAGUUGCACCACUGGACAUUUUUACUGAAAAAAAUACUGGAACUAAUUUGCCAGCACAAAUAGAAAUAUAUUCAACUGAUGGAAACGAGUACAACUUUCUAUUCAUUGCAAAAGGUGGUGGAUCUGCUAACAAAACCUUCUUGUAUCAGCAAACUAAGGCUCUUCUUAACGAAAAUAGCCUUUAUUCAUUUAUUAAUGAAAAGAUCAAGACAUUAGGAACUGCAGCUUGUCCACCGUAUCAUUUAGCUGUUGUUAUUGGUGGGACGUCAGCUGAAUUCACUUUGAAAACUGUUAAAUUAGCAUCGUGCAAAUAUUUGGAUCAUCUACCUUCCACAGGUAAUGAGCAUGGAAGGGCUUUUCGUGAUCUUGAAGCUGAAAAAAAAGUAUUGGAACUGACUCAAAAGGUUGGAAUUGGAGCUCAAUUCGGCGGGAAAUACUUUUGUCAUGACGUACGAGUCAUUCGCUUGCCUAGGCAUGGAGCAUCAUGUCCUGUGGGGAUUGGUGUCUCAUGUUCUGCUGAUAGACAAAUUUUAGGUAGAAUAACAAAAGACGGAGUAUUUCUUGAACAAUUAGAAACAGAUCCAUCUCAAUAUUUACCUGAUCCAUCUCUUGAGCAUCUUCCUACAGAUGUUGUAAAAGUGGAUUUAAAUCGUCCUAUGAAAGAAAUUUUAGCUGAUCUUUCUAAGUAUCCAAUCAGAACUCGUUUAUCGCUAACUGGUACAUUGGUUGUUGCUCGUGAUAUUGCACAUGCAAAAAUCAAGGAACGUCUUGAUUCCGGUCAACCAAUGCCUGAUUAUCUAUGCAAUCAUCCCGUGUAUUAUGCUGGUCCAGCGAAAACACCUACAAAUUAUGCCAGUGGAUCAUUUGGGCCAACUACAGCCGGUCGUAUGGAUUCUUACGUUGAUCAGUUCCAGAAAGCUGGUGGUAGUAUGAUAAUGCUAGCCAAGGGUAACAGGUCGAAAUCUGUAACGAAUGCUUGUAAAAAACAUGGUGGCUUUUAUCUGGGCUCAAUUGGUGGACCAGCUGCAAUUCUUGCUCAAAAUUGUAUAAAAAAAGUUGAAGUUCUUGAAUAUCCGGAAUUAGGCAUGGAGGCGAUUUGGCGUGUUGAAGUUGUCGAUUUUCCGGCUUUCAUUGUUGUCGAUGAUAAAGGCAAUGAUUUCUUCAAGGAGUGGCAAGUAGAAUAGAUGCCGCAUUGAGUAGUAUGAUAGCUUUUUAUCUUAUGAUAAAAGGUGCUUGUUAACCAUUUCUUACUUUGUUUUUAAAAAAAAAACUACUUAUCAUUCACAUAGUUUACCCAUUUUUGUUAGCUCAGAUGUGUUCCAGUGUUUGGAUUUUUCGUAUGCGCAACUUUCGAUUGACUUCGUUUAUUUGAUAUUUCUUAUUUCAGAUUACUGAAUUUCUUUGACAGUGCCAUUUACUUACGUUUAUUAAAGAAAUUUGGUGUACAUAUACACACGAAGUUUCAUAUGAAAGUAAUAAUUUUCACGAAAAAUGAAUAAAAUUUUUAUUGGCUUCUGUAUACUUGUACUCCUUUAAUUGUUAAUUUAAUUUUUUAUUCAUAAAUAAUCUGUUAAUUAAUAAGACUGUUCAUUUUUAUCGUAUUAUUUGCUUUUUGUUAGUUACAAAGCAU